CCCUUCUCCUUACACUCCCUCCUUCCACCGCUAGAGGGCGGUGUAACACAAAAUGAUGAUUAUUAUCAUUUUUACGUCAUUUUAGAAAACCAACACUAAUUUGCCAAAGCUCGUGAAAUAAUGUAAUGUUAGAUAAAUGGGCUGUGUUGAUAUCUUCUCUCUUGUUUGACUCUGAUAGGCGUACACCUGUCACGUGGUUCCCUUAUCAGUCAGAAAGCAUCAAGUACACGUUGCAUCCAAAACAAAAGUGAAAGUGUUUUUGUUUGUGCGCAGACGGGGAGCAGUUCAGCCUGAGAGAGAGGAAUGACAGAGACAUUAGAAACAAAUUAUCAAUCUAUUCCGAACAUGGACCAGGAAGGGGCCACCCUGUCCGGGAAAAAGUUCAAUGUCUUGGUGUCGGGAACAACACAUGAGGCUCAUGUUCCUUGGGUCAAACAAUUCAGAGGCAUGGGCCACACCGAGGUCCAAUCUGAAGGUGAAAGUAACUACAUUCUGCUGUUCUGUCCCAUCGUGUCCCGAGUUGGAACAGACAUCAGUGAGGCUCUGGAAAACAUUCAACAUAGUAACAAAGCAGUUAUUCUGGUGGUCAUGCAUCACACCUUCAACGCUGACUACGUGUUGGCUGAAAGCAGACGGCUGGUCAACAACCCAAACGUCUGCCUGGUUGUGGACUGUCUGUUCCACGAGGGACGGCUCCUCAACUGUAACCGUAAUGACAUUGCAUGGUUUGAGAUCGAGAAGUUUCUUGGAGUUGCUUCUCCACCUGCUCAGGUUUCUGUCUUGCAGAACGUUCGAAAAUUGUCCGGGAAAAAGUUCUAUGUCUUGGUGUCGGGAACAACACAUGGGGCUCAUGUUCCUUGGGUCAAACAAUUCAGAGGCAUGGGCCACACCGAGGUCCAAUCUGAAGGUGAAAGUAACUACAUUCUGCUGUUCUGUCCCAUCGUGUCCCGAGUUGGAACAGACAUCAGUGAGGCUCUGGAAAACCUUCAACAUAGUAACAAAGCAGUUAUUCUGGUGGUCAUGCAUCACACCUUCAACGCUGACUACGUGUUGGCUGAAAGCAGACGGCUGGUCAACAACCCAAACGUCUGCCUGGUUGUGGACUGUCUGUUCCACGAGGGACGGCUCCUCAACUGUAACCGUAAUGGCAUUGCAUGGUUUGAGAUCAAGAAGUUUUUUGGAGCUGCUUCUCUACCUGCUCAGGUUUCUGUCAGGGACAACAUUCGAAAAUUUUCUGGGACAAAGUUCUAUGUCUCGGUGUCGGGAACAACACAUGGGGCUCAUGUUCCUUGGGUCAAACAAUUCAGAGGCAUGGGCCACACCGAGGUCCAAUCUGAAGGUGAAAGUAACUACAUUCUGCUGUUCUGUCCCAUCGUGUCCCGAGUUGGAACAGACAUCAGUGAGGCUCUGGAAAACCUUCAACAUAGUAACAAAGCAGUUAUUCUGGUGGUCAUGCAUCACACCUUCAACACUGACUACGUGUUGGCUGAAAGCAGACGGCUGGUCAACAACCCAAACGUCUGCCUGGUUGUGGACUGUCUGUUCCACGAGGGACGGCUCCUCAACUGUAACCGUAAUGGCAUUGCAUGGUUUGAGAUCAAGAAGUUUUUUGGAGCUGCUUCUCUACCUGCUCAGGUUUCUGUCAGGGACAACAUUCGAAAAUUUUCUGGGACAAAGUUCUAUGUCUCGGUGUCGGGAACAACACAUGGGGCUCAUGUUCCUUGGGUCAAACAAUUCAGAGGCAUGGGCCACACCGAGGUCCAAUCUGAAGGUGAAAGUAACUACAUUCUGCUGUUCUGUCCCAUCGUGUCCCGAGUUGGAACAGACAUCAGUGAGGCUCUGGAAAACAUUCGACAUAGUAACAAAGCAGUUAUUCUGGUGGUCAUGCAUCACACCUUCAACACUGACUACGUGUUGGCUGAAAGCAGACGGCUGGUCAACAACCCAAACGUCUGCCUGGUUGUGGACUGUCUGUUCCACGAGGGACGGCUCCUCAACUGUAACCGUAAUGACAUUGCAUGGUUUGAGAUCGAGAAGUUUCUUGGAGUUGCUUCUCCACCUGCUCAGAUUGACACCUCAGUAGCUGGAGAACUGAAUGAUUCAGCUAUGGCUGUUUACAUUCCGACGUUUGUUGCUAGGUGGUUCGACUUUGGAAAACAAAAGAAAAAUGAAGAUGAUGCCAACAGACUAUCCUUGCCUAAGAAACUCAGAAGGAAGACAGCCAGCAACAAAGAUAAGGGUGAAGAAGAUUCUGAUGAGGAGAGUUGUACUAUCAAACAAUCAAGGAAUUCAACAGAGAUUCAUGAUGAAGUUGAAAAACAAGCUGAGCCAAUGGAAGAAACAAAACAGACAGAUACAGUGGAAACAGCUAAUCAACAGACAGAGACGACAGAAACAGAUAAGCAAAGUAAUACAGAGACCAUUGCUUUCUCUUCUGCUGUUGACAUUAUUGAUCGCUCCUCUCUCAGUGACAUAUCUGAAGUCAUCACGGGUCCAUUGCUAGGUGGACCCUUGGCAAGUCAUCCUGAUGAUACUCUUUUACACCUGCCUAUCCUUCAGACAGACAAAGAGGAACUAAUCGCCAUCCCCUCCACUUCCACUCCUAGUCCACCUGUUUCACAUUAUGUUGUACAUGCUGCCCCACCAAGUCCUGGCUAUGAACUUGUACAUGUGACUGUUAACCUUCACAGAGCGAAUCUCUUAGAGGAAAUGGUUGGCCAAUUCAAAGACACCGCGAUACUGGACUACACCUUGAAAUACAGCUUCACCGGUGAAAAGGGUGCAGAUGCAGAUGGUGUAUCCAUGGAUGUGUAUGCCGCCUUCUGGACAGAAUUCCUGGAUUGUGCCGCAGAGGGUGCAGAUGUGAGAGUUCCUUGUCUAACCCCGAAAUGGCAGGAGGAGGAAUGGAAAUCUAUCGGUAGGAUAAUGGCCAAAGGGUUUCAGGAUCAUAGAUAUUUUCCUUCUCGCCUGGCUCCUGCCUUUACAGCAGCAGUCAUAUUUGGAGAACAUUAUGUCUCAACUGAUUUACUGUUUGACUCCCUGAUGUUAUACCUGAGCCAGUCUGAGAGGGACAUUUUGUCCACUGCAUUGCAAGAGGAACUUGUUGGUGAUGAGCAUGGCGAGCUACUGGAUCUCUUGGAUCGCAUGGGUGUGACAAAAGUGCCAACAAAAGACAACCUGAAAGCAGUGCUUCUACAAGUGGCCCGCAAGCAGCUAAUCCAGCAACCAAAAUAUGCAUUGGAUAGCAUUGCAGCAGUCGCAGGGCCGACACUCAGAAGGUUCUUUCUCACCAUGUCAGAUAUGCACAAGAUGUACAAUGAUUUGAAACCAACAACAAGGAAGGUUUUAAAGUUGAUCGAUGCCUCUCCAACUACUCCAGCAGAAAACCAGAGUGUGCGGUUUCUUCAGCAGUACAUAAGAGGGUUGGAUGAACUGGGCCUUAGAAAGAUGAUGAGAUUUGUGACGGGGUCUGAUGUCCUCUGUGUUCGCAAGAUUGAAGUCUUAUUCACCCCCUUGGAAGGACUGGCACGGCGACCAGUUGCACAUACCUGCGGCCCAGUUUUGGAGUUGCCCUCUACUUACAACUUCUAUCCAGAGCUACGUGUGGAAAUGGAGAACAUUCUGGCCAGUAACUCCUUCACAAUGGACAUAAAUUAGAGAGCAAGGGGGCACCCACUCACACACACACACACACACACACACACACACACACACACACACACACACAC